CGAGGUCUUGUUGUGUGUGCGAUUUGAUUAAAUUUUUGGAGGAACUUGAGUUUUUUCGGAUGUUUGCUUGUGUAUUUGUUUGAUAUAUUCGCGUACUGUGUGGAACAAGAAAAUGGAGCUUUAUACUAAGAAGCAGAUAUUCCAGAAAAUCAUACUGAUUUUCCUGUUAAUCACGUAUGAAUUUGCCGAUGCCAGACCCGGAAGCGAAUGGAAAGUGAACAAUGCUUGCGUAGGAGGCGAUUCCACCAAAAGGGAAAUUUGCCAAAGGUGCGCCAAGCAGACCAAAUCCCCCAUAGUCUACCCCAUGUGCUGUAACGAAGAGGACGAAGUCCACAAUUGGUGCUUCAGGUACACCAAUUACGGGAAGGUCGCUUGAGAAAAAUCGAGCAUGCUGUUGAAUUUUUUUAUGUUUUCUUUGAAAAUCUAUUGUGAGGAUGAAGUAAGAACGUUUCAAUGCCGAGACAAUGCAAUAUACUGAGUUUUUUAUUCUAUUGUGAUAUUAUUAGGUAUGAGUUUUUUAUGAUAAUUGAAAUUUACGAAUUAAGAAAGCUAUAUGUUUUACAAUUACCAAUUGUCAAUUGUCAAUUGUCAAAUGACAAUAGGCAAAUUGACAAAUGUCAAAUGUCCAUAUUAUUUGAAGUUCGUAAACUAUUUUAUAGCUAUCCAUGCUAAAUAUUAUACAUAGCUUUUAUAGCUAUGCUAUACUUAUAUACUGUGUGAUCGUUUAAUAUACAUAUUGUAUAAUUAAUUUCUGGCUGUGAUUGUGUGUCAUAUUU